CCGGCUGCUGCCGCUCUGUUCACACUGUACUGCGCUGUGGAUCCUGUUUAAACUGACCAUCACUACUGUUACUGAGUUUUUUUUGUGGAGGCUGAAUGAAACAAAAUUACUUUGUUUCUCUGGAUGGAUACACACUGUUUUUGGAGGUGACAGUGGAGACUUUGGAAGCUGAAUAUGUUUAGCAGUAAACAGAUGGCCUCUCGGCUCAAGAGUGGUGAAGCUCUGUAAAGUCAUUCCCGUGUUUUAGUGCGAGUGUCCCUGAGGAGUUUUAUGUGUCAUCAGGACCUUGAGACACACCCACUCAGACACACACUGAUGCUCAGCCUCUCCUUUUCAGAGUAGACCUGGCAGACCUCUAAUCUCUAAAAGAUUGAUGAGGUCCUGUCCAGGUGCAGGAGGCCUGGCACAGCGUCGAUAAGGCAGCCUUCAUUUCACCACAUUUUAUCCCGUGCUCCUUCCUCUCCUCUUUUCCUCCAUGCGGAGGGACGCGGGGGCUGCCUUUGAAGUGUGAGAGAGGAUUAUGACAUGCCAAGGCCCUUGGGCGAGAAGGACAGUGUUUUAAGCAACAGGAACCAUGAAAUUCCCAGGAAAUGACAGUUCUCUUUUCUUCUGUCGCUCCAUGUGGGACAGCUCUGUGGUAGCCGAGCAGUACGCCAGAGUCGGCAUGCCACUGUCAAACUGCUGGAGCAGGAAUAUACUGAAACUACAGAGGGACACUCGGAGCUGAGAGUAGCUGAACACACACCACCCAUCCGCACACACGCACAAACACACUCAGAGUGUUCCACGCAGGACAAUGUGCAACAUCUCGUUCUGUAAUGUGGAAAGUAAGGUGGACCAGUUCUUCCAGCCCACGCUCUACAUCAUAGUCAUCGUUCUGGGGCUGCCCACUAACUGUAUGGCCCUGUGGGCUGCCUACAUGCAGGUACGGCAACGCAAUGAGCUUGGCAUCUACCUGAUCAACCUGUCGGUUGCUGACCUCCUCUACAUCACCACUCUUCCUCUGUGGAUCGACUACUUCCUGCAACGCGAUGACUGGAUCCAUGGUCAGACAAGCUGCAAGGUCUUUGGCUUCAUCUUCUACACUAAUAUCUAUGUCAGCAUCGCCUUCCUCUGCUGUAUAUCACUGGACAGGUAUCUGGCCGUGGCAUAUCCUCUGCGCUUUGCCAAGGUUCGACGAAUCAAAACAGCUAUCCUGGUCAGCGCCAUGGUGUGGAUAAUUGAGAUCGUAGCCAACUCUGCUCCUCUCUUCCAUGAUGAGCUCUUCCAGGAUCGGUUCAACCACACCUUCUGCUUUGAGAAGUAUCCCAUGCAGGACUGGGUGGCAGGGAUGAACCUCUACAGAACAUUUCUGGGCUUCCUCGCACCAUGGACAGCCAUGCUUGUUGCCUACCGUGGGAUCCUGGCAGCAGUGCGCUGCAACGUCUCAACAGAACGCCAGGAAAAGGCCAAAAUUCAGCGUCUGGCAUUGAGUCUGAUCCUGAUCGUUUUGCUCUGCUUUGGACCGUACCAUGUCCUCCUCCUGGUGCGGAGUAUCAUGUUUCUAAGGAAGCCAUGUGACUGCGGCUCAGAAGAGAGCUUGUUUGCAGCCUACCAUGUAUCGUUAGCGCUGACCAGCCUCAACUGCGUCGCCGACCCCAUUUUGUACUGUUUCGUCAAUGAGGGGGCUAGACACGAUGUUGGCCGAGCUCUUUCAGCUUUACUCUCUGCAGCUUGCAAAAGAGGCUCCUCCUCCUCACCAUCACACGCUGACAUACUCAACGCUGGUUCAGUGACUAUGGACACACCACUAGCAGCAAAGAAGCAGCCUUGUGUGUACGCAGAUGGAACCAAGACAAGCAGCUACAAGACAGAACUGGUGGCACUGAAGGAGGAGUGUCUACAGAUGACCAUCCUCAGUAGGAAGUGACUUCUAUCUGGAGCAUUCAGUAUGAGGUCCAAACUGCUCAGCUCAGUGGAUGGAAGAGGCUCCGUACACUGAGAGGGUCUGAUGUCUUCUGGCUUGACAAGCUGAAGUCAGAUGCAUUUAUGAGGCUGUAGAUGUUUGGGGUCAAAGCUUCCACUAAAUAACAUUAACAAGCCAGAAUGGAAAUGAGAUUUAUGACAUAUACAAGACAUAUUGUCUGUAGCCAUGGUAGCAGCUCCUGUGAGAUUACUUAGACACCAGAAAAUUAUUUGGUGAAUGAAAAAAUGGGGAGACUACUUGGCUAAUGUUAGAUCCUUACCAGUAGUGGGGCAAACAGGGUGGCACUUGAGGACUUGCUGUUAAUCAAAAGAGUUUAUUCUUUGUACAGUGACCCCUUUGGCACAUCUGAUACUGACAGCUUGUCUAAUGUUAGCAUUUAACAAGCUGUAUUAUCAUCAAUCCCAGAGUGCUGCUGAGGCUGACAAGGAUUCUGUCAUUAGCUUUAGAGGUAUCCUCAUUAAGAGCUGGACCAGAGGAAAUUUUGACCCACUGGUGGCGCUGUGUAAAAAGUCAGGGGAUCACCAAAAUCCUCAGGAUUCAGCCUUUCACCCGCUAAUGUCUGUACCAAAUUUCACCGCAAUCCAUCCAGUAGAUGUUGAGAUAUUUCAGUCUGGACCAACAGAAGAACAGACCAGCUGACAUUCCUACAGUCAUCUCACUGGUGUGGCUGAUAAGGAUCUCCUCAAACCCCGCUUGGACAAGUAUCUGGAGUACCAGGAGUAAUUUCCAAUGCCUAGAAAGACGUUGAAUAUUUAAGUGGAAUUAUUUAAACAGACCACAUUUUGCAUGGCUGAGUAUCAUUAGUGUCUGCAUGGACACCCAACUAGACAAAGGGCAGAUGUAGAAGACCGGGGUUUGCACCCAAAUUCACCCUUUUGGAAUAUGGAAGAGGAGCAGAAGGGUAAUACAAAAGAUUGUAGAUUACUGGUCAAAAACAUUUUUAAAUGGUAACUUUGGUAUUUUUCAUAGUGGACCCUAUUUUCCCAUGUUUUUGUGUCUAAGUGUCUAAUGGACACAACCUUUUUUGAAAUUGGUCCAGUAUUGAGUGAGACUGCUGCAGCCAACAAAACAGUCUACAAUGUAAGACUAAUGGGCAAUUGUGCAUGUCAUGUCAAUGUAUGUCCGCUAAAAGUUGCUUUGCCACUGACAGGCUCAGAUUAUUGUUCUAGGUGUCUAACAACAUUAUGGAAAAAGAUAUUUAAAGAGACAGACCUUUAUGUUAAAGAGUAAGAUCCUUUUUGUUUAAGCAGAACAGUCUAAAAAUUGCUAUUGCCAAACACCACCAGACUACAUUUAAAUAAACAGCAAUUAUAUCAUCAUAAAAUGCAAUUCAUUUAAAAUUGACAGACACAAAAUGAGACUCAUGAAACCAUUUGGGUUUGUUUCUUCACUGUUCCAGCAAUCACCAACUCUGGUUUGGUUGAAAUAAACCCAUAAUUCACUCAGUUAGAUGUGAAAAUAAGCUGGCUCUAUACACGCAAAAAUUACUGUUUAGUAACAGGAGUUUGGUGGGUUUGCUAACAGUGACUUUGGUGCUGUAUCUGGUAAAACAAAAAGGAUCCUUUUAAUUAUAUUGUCAGACACUCAGAAUAAUAAUCUCAGCAUGUCAGUGGCAAAAAUAAGCACAAACAGUGGACGUACAUUGAUGGUAAAAAGAUGACCAAAGUAGUUACAUUGCUGCCUGGUGUGUAAUACUGGAAUAAUUUCAAAAAUUCACUCAGACACAAAAAAUUGUAAAAAAAAAAAGGGUCCAGGUUGAGAAAUAUCUAAGUUACUCUGCAAUGCUUGUUGGAAAUGUCUAAACCAUUUUAUUCGUUUUCUGAAGGAAAUAAUGAAGCCUAAUAAAGUACCUCAGCUCGUAAACUGUGACAGCAAGAAGGCUUAGAGUAGAAGUGUCUCUAAUGUUAUGUGAGCAACAUUUUUUACUUUUACUACAGCAAGCAAACAGCAAAAUAAUCAAAACUCAGUCCACUGAAAUAACAGAGCCAAAACCAAAUCCUGCAUUCAGCCCAAGUUCAAUUUAUCAGUAAUUUUAACUACAUUAUGUGGAGAGCACUGUUGAGCACAAAAAUAUCUCAACCUCCAUGAAUCCAAACAACGUGCUUCAUGUUUGGACUUUGGUAAAGGCACCUGAUACUGUUUACAUUUCUAUUUGCCUCCUAACUUUAACAGUCCCGAACUUCAUAAAUGAUGCACAGAAAACUUUUUUUUUUUUUAAUUUUCAGUUUUUCUAAUUAUUAUGCAACAAGUUUUCAGAUCUUUUAUCCCUAAAGGCGAGAUUUGUGCAUUCCUUCUUGAAGAAGUGACACUCCUGGCGGGUCCAUGUCAUUGGUCCGACAGCCCAUUGGUCCGACAUCCCAUUAGUCCGACGGUCCACGGUGCUGAACGGCUCCUGGCGGGCGUAUUUCUGCCUUGAUGGUGCGCCGCGACCGGUCAGCUGGGAAAGGCUUGAGGCGAAGCAGGCUCACAGCUUAUGUGUUUGUCACUUUCUUUUUCAUUUUAACCCACACCAUGAUCUUUUCCUGACCCUAACCAAGUGGUUUUUGUGCCUAAACCUAACCAGACCUUAACCACAGGGCAUCAUGAUGAUUUCGGAACAACGGGACUUUGGAACAAUGGGUUUAAUAUGGUCGGAACAAUGGGAUGUCGGAUCAAUGGGCAGUUCCCCUCCUGGCUGCUAACAGUUUGCCAUAUUCGGAAACAAAUUAAGAGACAUUUCUCUGUAAUGUCAAAAGAGUGAAGACAUAAUUAAGAAAUACUUGUACUGGAUAACGAGUAUCCAUAUAAAACCAUCUCCAGUGGUCAGGAGAACUGUGGGAGCAUUCAGAACAGUAGUGCAACACUGCUCGUUUUAAUUAUUUAUUUUUAAGAAAUAAUGAUAAAUAUUCACAACAAACAUGUCUCUCCUUUUGUACUUGAAGCUGAUUGUUCUUAAUGUACAUAUAACUGAUAAUUUCCGAUCCGCCAUGACUAAAUUAGCCAUAUUGUGCCAUAUAUUGGCUACUUUUUGAAGUCCUUUAUGUGGACAGCUGUCAGGACCUGGCAAAAUGGAAAUCUUAAAAAUUGUUGCAGCGCAUUUUUGACGUAACACUGACAUGCGUGACCAUCCUUUUCCUAGUUGGCAGCUUGUUGUUACAGUAAAUCAACACAAAGUGACCAAACACAGCUUUUUUCACAAUAGUUGGGAUCCCAAACAUUAAUGGUAGCUUCUACAACAAAGCGUUGAAUACUAUACAUAAAGAAAGUACAAGUAUAGGGGUCAUUGCAGACUGGACACAGCUGUCAGGGCAGAGGAAACUUCAGCUCAUAAAAUCAAGUUUGUAGUUGUCAGCUUGGACUAUAAACUUCUUUUUUUUCUUUAAAUCAUUGGUAAAAAAACCAAACAUUUCAAACAAAUUGUCUGUUUACAUACAGAGAGUCCAGCUAUGUGUGCAGAUAUAUAACAAUGACAUACAAACUUUCCUUGUAUGGAGUGUUAUGGCUCAAGACAGCAAGUGUCCAUGUUGUAGUUCCACUGGCCAAAAACGACAUUGAAAGGGACAGUUUUGAAAGUGUGUAGGUGAUUCCAGCAACAUGUUUUUUAAUUUUUAUUUAUUUUUUUAUUUUUUAUGUUGUCUGGCAUGAAAGCAUUCCUCUAUUCAGUGCAAUGAUGUUAAAGCAGAUUUUUUUUUUGGACACUUUCAGCUCUCCAGUGUUGCCCUAAACGCUGCUGUGUGGCAUUGCUUUUGUUGUGCAUCUGCAUGUCAUGUCUGAGAGAGGACGCACCGGGCUUCAAAAUAAGUAUUUGUUCAUCAACAAUGUCAGUGAGAAAUAAAUUAUGCAUACAAAAUGUUGGGUGCUGC